CGGUAUCUGAGCGACUAUGGCUCUCAAGCGCGUGUACACGACGCUACUGGCGCUGGUCCUCGCUAUCGCUGUGAUCAACGUGCUGGACUUGGGCCCGUCGUCGGUUGUGGCGGCAGAGAAGCCGACGGCGCGUGCCAGCCACAUCCUGGUGCCGACCGAGGAGGAGUGCGACGAGAUCUUGAAGGAGCUGCAGGCGGCCGACGACCUGGAGGCCACGUUCGCGCGGCUGGCGAAGGAGCGCAGCAAGUGUCCGUCCAGUCGCAAGGGAGGGGACCUGGGGUCCUUCGGUCGCGGCCAGAUGGUGCCCGAGUUCGACAAGGUGGCGUUCGAGAAGCCCGUGGGGGACGUCCACAAGGUCAAGACGCAGUUUGGAUGGCACUUGGUGCUGAUCACGGACCGCUCGGGGGUGGACGACGCGCUCGACGACUUGGACGACCAGGAUCGAGAUCUGUAAGGACGAGUGAGUGCAGGCACCGAACGAGUUGUGCUGUACUAGUGCUACCCUGCUAGCAACAAAGCAGGGAACGGAGGUACAUGGAAAAAGAAAGAAAAAAAAUGUUGCUGAAGAACGAACGCGUGCUGUACUCUCUUUGAUGAUAAUGUGUACGUAAGAUUCAGUAAAACGGGGGAUAAAAUAAAAAGAAAAGC